GUUUUUCUGGAAUUGUUGAAAAUGAAAUAUGGGACAAUUUGACCGACGCUAUACGGGAUUAGAAUCCGAAGAAAAGACGGUUGAUGUUAGGCGGUUUGCCUUCCUCCCCUCACAGUCGACGUCGCAGCCUCACUCUCCGCCGCGCUCAGUGCUUUCCGCUGCUCAGCUUAUCACUCCUGCAGCUUUAUCCAUGUUAUCUCUACCCUAUCAGUACUGUUCUGUUCAUCCUCAAUUGCACCGCCUCUUCUCUUUGGCUACAGCACACUACUCCCCUUCCGUCUUCCAGCCUCGUCUUCCUUGCACCAAUAGUAUCCCAAUACGCGCCGCCCGUAGUAGGCUCUCUUUAGUGCCGAACAAUGAAGACGCACCCAAGCAACAGAGGCGGACGCUGUUUCCCGGUGGCUUCAAGCGACCGGAAAUCAAAGUUCCCAAUCUCGUGCUCCAGCUAAGCGCUCGAGAUGUCCUCGAUGACAAAACCAUUCUCGACGAAGUAGAUCAGGCGGUAUCGUCUCUAGUUGGCAUCGUGCUCCUCACUGGCGGAGGGGUGACAGGUGGGAAGUUAUACGACGCUGCUUGCUUGUUGAAGUCUGUCAUCCGCGAAAGAGCCUACCUGUUGGUCGAUGAAAGAGUUGAUAUCGCAGCCGCAGUAAAUGCCAGUGGAGUCCUGCUCUCAGAUCAAGGUCUCCCUACCAUUGUGGCUAGGAACACAAUGUUGGAUUCGAAGUCCGAGUCCGUCGUUCUCCCUUUGGUGGCAAGAGUUGUAGAAACACCUGAGGCUGCAAUUCAAGCAUCUAAUUCUGAAGGAGCCGAUUUUAUUUUAUAUAAUGUUGGGAAUAAUAGGUCAGAGGAAGUGAUGAGUUCUGUGUUUGAGACACUGAAAGUUCCAGUGUUUGUCAUGAUGGAUUUGCAUGGAGAGGGGAAGCUGCUGAAUGAAGUUUCCUAUUUUGUUCAAUUAGGAGCUAGUGGUUUUGUUAUAUCUAUAGACGAAUUGAAAGUGGUAGGUAAUGAAGAGUUUAGCAAACUGUUUUUAGGUGCGCAUGCACCAGAGAUGAAAACUGAGGAAGGCUUUGGGCGUCAAAUCUUUGGUUCUGGUAAUGUAUUUCCUGGGAAGAAGAAGGUAGCUGGCUUCACCAAGUUAAGUAAGAGAGAACUGCAGCUAAUUGAAACUGAGAAGCUUAUUUUGCAUGAAACAAUAAGUGCCAUAAAACAAGCUGCUCCACUGAUGGAAGAGGUCUCACUCCUCGAGGAGGCUGUCUCUCAACUUGAUGAUCCAUUUUUACUGGUUAUAGUGGGAGAGUUCAACUCUGGGAAAUCAACUUUUAUCAAUGCUCUUCUUGGAGAAAGGUACCUGAAAGAUGGUGUCGUUCCUACAACCAAUGAGAUAACCUUUUUACGCUAUUCAGAGUUUGAUAAGCCACAACAUUGUGAAAGGAAUCCAAAUGGUCAAUGUGUAUGCUAUCUACCCGCUCCUAUUCUAAAAGAAAUGAUCAUAGUUGAUACUCCUGGAACCAACGUGAUACUUCAACGUCAACAAAGACUGACUGAGGAAUUCGUCCCUCGCUCAGAUUUGCUUCUCUUUGUUAUGUCUGCUGAUCGACCAUUGACUGAAAGUGAGGUCAAUUUUCUUCAUUACACUCAGCAGUGGAAAAAACAGGUCAUCUUUGUGCUGAACAAAUCUGACAUUUACUUGAAUAUGCAUGAGCAAGAUGAAGCUGUUGCUUUCAUAAAAGAAAAUGCGAAAAAGUUGUUGAGUACUGAAAAUGUGACCUUAUACCCUGUAUCUUCACGGUGUGCGCUUGAAACAAAGCUUUCCGCUCCUUCAGUCAUUCUGAAAGACAUUAAUGGCCAAUCCUUGGGAGAUUCUUUCUUGAAAUCUGCAAGUUUCUUUGAGCUCGAGAGAUACUUGUAUAACUCUUUGGAUGCCUCAACAAGCACAGGAAUUCAACGUAUGAGACUUAAGCUUGAGACACCAGUUGUAAUUGCAGAGCAACUGCUUUCUUCCUGCCAAACUUUAGUCAGUAAAGAGUGUGAGAUAGCUAAAAUUGAUUUAGUGUCUGUGAAUGAUCUUAUCAACGGUGUAAAAGACUGGACAAAGAAGAUGGAACUCGAAAGCAUCUCCUGGAAGAAGCAAAUUCUUUCCGUGGUUGACAGCACACAGACACGUAUUGUACAGCUUGUAGGUUCAACUCUACGUCUUUCAAAUCUUGAUCUAGUCACUGGAUAUGUAUUUAAAGGAGGAAAAACAGCUCAAAUGCCAGUCACAGUAACUGUCAAGAAUGACAUUAUUAGUCCAGCAGCUCUUCAAGCGGAGAAGCUACUGGCAGAAUAUAAGGCGUGGUUAAAGUCAAAUGCAGACCAUGAAGUACAAUUUUACAGAGACUAUUUUGAUAAGAGAUAUCACUCAUUCAUUGAUGGGGAGAAGCACAUUAAGGCUGGUAGCUGUACAAUAUCCGGGAGGAAAUACGUACUAAGCUCGCAUGUGAUGGGGACAUUUAGUCCAACAGCUGCUUCAAAGUUGUUUGAGCAAGAAAUACGUGAAGCGUUCUUGGGAACUUUUGGUGGACUUGGAGCAGCUGGUCUUUCAGCAUCCCUUUUGACAUCUAUUCUACCGACAACAUUAGAAGAUCUUCUUGCUCUUGCCCUUUGUUCUGCAGGAGGCCUACUUGCACUUUACAAGUUUCCAGCUCGUAAGCAACAGGCUGUGGAUAAAGUGAAGAGAGCUGCUGAUGGCUUAGCACGUGAAAUUGAAGAAGCAAUGCGGAAAGAUCUGUUGGAGACAACUUUGUAUUUGGAGGAGUUGGUUAAAGUCAUUGGCAAGCCUUAUCAAGAAGCUGCACAGCAUAAACUGGACAAGUUUUUGUCCACAGCAGAUGAACUUGCAAAAAUCGAGACCAAACUGAAAGCCUUGCAAUCCGGAAUUCAGAAACUCAAUUAGGUGAUCUAUUUGUCAGAUUUCAAAAAGUGCAAAAGUCGAAAUGUGAAGUACAUCAAAGUAAGUAAUUAGUGAUGCUUUGUAGUUUGCACGGGAAGAAUAAUUUUUAACAGUACUGUAACGUGUUCAAAUGGAAGUGGUGAAUAGAGUGUUUCUCAAGAUAGAUAUCUUCAACAGAAAUAUCUUUUAUUUUUUUACAAUUGACCAAACAAGGUCAUUUGCAUCAAAUGAAAUGAUUACAAUAUAUGUUUUUUAUUGUGCGCCACUUCUGUAGGAAUGUCAAUGAAGACCACAAUGAUAUUAUAAAUGAUUGGUGUAAUAAUUUACUUCUUUUUUUGGUUCAAUAAAAAAUCUUUUAGGGAACAUACAAUUCGUUGUUUUUGGUGUGAACAUAUUUUAGCGGGAUAAUGAUGUAUGAUAUUUC